GCUAGCUUCAGAAGUGUGUCCUAAUAUUAAAAUACCAAAUAAACACUUAGUGAAAUUUUGUUUGCCCUCAAUCGAUCACCCUCAGUCCCUCAUCCUCACUCGACACACACCCUCAUCCUCACUCAACAGACACACGAAAGAGCGAAGAAAUCAGAAAACUAAGGGGGAGAAUGGGAAGAAGAAGAGAGGAGAGGGAAGGAAGGAGAGAACGACGGCGGCUAACUGGCUAGGGCUCUGUCAUCGUCGUCGUCGAAUGCCAGUGAGAGAGAGAGAGAGCUUGAGGAAGAGAGAAAACGCAAUGGAGGAGAGAAGAAAGGGGUGCUCUAUCGCCGCUGAAGCUCCACCGCCGCUGCUAGGGCUUGUUGUCAUCGCCGCUCUGCCACCGCCAGGCUGAUGUACCGCUGCCGAGGAUCUCGAAGGGAUGUCUUGCCAAACCCGUUACCCAGUUUCCGUACGCACCUGCUACCCUCUACGGCGUUGGAGUUCCUUCAAGCUGAGCUCGAGCUUCAGGAAGCGGCUUUGCUUUACAUUCUUAGUGGAAUUUGCGUUUUAUUUGUUUAUUUGUUUAUUUUUUCUGAAUUGUUACUGAUUCUGCUUCGCGUGGCGAUGUUAUUUUGGAAUAAAGAGGGAAGAGAGGAAUUGCUUGUAGUGUUACUGAGCCACAUUCAGAUCCUGAGGGUGACAAUGAGGAGUCUAACUCAACUGUGUCAUCAUUUGGAUUAUGAAAUAGAUCUUGUGGAUGUGAAGUGUUGGAGUUGGCACAAUGAGGUGAACCUGUUACUAGUUAUGGAGGUGGAAUUUAUGGUUUUGAAGCUACUGUUGUUGAAUCUGAUGAGAAGAUUGAUAUCAAUAGGACAUGGAUUUGUUGUUGGAGAUGAAGGGUACAGGCAGGACAGUGACAUUCAGAAAGUUAAGCUUUCAAGGGAGGCAUUGACACAGCUCUCCAAGUUAGUUGAGUCCAGAGUUAGUACAGGUCUCGAUACGAUCUUAACACUAUUCUAUUCCUUUUGGAAUUGGGGCUGCUGCCAGCUUCUAUUUACACCAAUCCUGGAUGGAAAAACACUUUUGUAUUCAGUUGUAUCAACUUUUGAGGUGAGAAUAGGAAUCGCCUUUGGAAGCGGUGGAAGCCAGUCACUUCCCGCCACUGAAUGGCCCAAUGUUUCUUCUUGUCUGGAAAAGCUUUUUACUGACACCUUGGUUAAGACCAUGGUGGAAGAAGCUUUUUACUUUGCCUGCUGGUUAUUUGAUGAAUAAGGCUGUUGGUGGCAGUAUAUAUAUUAGAGUGAUUUCGGUUAGUAAACUUUCAAGGAGUUGCUUCAAGGGGGUGGGGGGGGAUCUAGGAGGCCUCAAAAUGGUACAACCAAUUUCUCGGUGGACUGUUUUGAUGACAAGGACCUACAAACAUUUGUCGAGGUAGAAGUUGGGGACUUAAUCAGGAGAACAGAUGUCAGACUUGGAUCAACCCCUCAAUGGAAUGCACCAUUUAAUAUGGUUUUACAUGUUGGAAACCUUCAUUUCAAUCUUUAUGAGCCUCAUCCCAACAAUAUCAAGUGUGACUACCUAGCAAGUUAUGAAAACAAGACUGGAAUAAUUUCCCCAAGUAAACUGAGGAUGAAGCUUAUAGGUCACAGAAAGAAGGAUGGAUCCAACAGUAACUCAUCCAGAACUUUUCCUUCCAGAAUUGAUAAUGCUGAAUUUGUCAACAGUUUACUACCCUCUAACAAUGGCAACCCUGACGAUGAAAGUCUGCAUUUCAUUUCUUUCUA